AUGGAAACACCACGGUUCCGUUCUCUCGUCCUCGUCGUCGCCCUCCUCUCCGCCGCCGACCAUUCCCUCUCCUCGAACCCGCCCUCGCCCUCACCCUCGCCCUCGCCCUUUUCGGUCGCCGACGGAGCAUAUCUAUCCCCUCCCGCCCCUCCGCCGGGCUAUCUCUCCCCGUCUCCCUCCCCGUCCCCCCAGAACCAUCUCUCCCCGCCGGCUCCUCCGCCGGAGACGCCGCCCUCCCCUGCUCCCACACCGCCGUCAUCCGGCGUCGAGGAGCAGGACAUGCGUUCCGAGGCGAGGGAAGAGCCCAACGAGAGCGGAGGCGGAGGAGGGAUGACCGCCGGGAAAAAAGCGGCGACGGCGCUGGGGGUGAUCAUUGGAGCGGCGUUGCUGGCGGCGGCGGCUGUCGUGUACAAGAAGCGGCAAGACAACACCCGGCGGGGGCAAUACGGCUACGAAGCACGAGAACAGAUGCUUUGA